CAAAUGACCAAAUUCCUUUUCUCCACUACCCCAAAAAGUGAGAAAGGAAGGAGGAAACAACUUUCAUUUUCCCAAAAAAAAAAAAAACCUUAAUUUUCUUCUCCAUAUUAAUAAUGGCAGCUUCAGUUGAUAACCGUCAAUUCCGUAACCUAAACGGCGUCGUUCACACUUUCAAUCCAAGCAACAAUUUCAUCCACGACCUGAAACCGGGUUUCCCGGUAAACAAAGAUCUCUUCAGCAGCGACGAUGAAGAAGAAAACGACGACGCAUCGAAUCUCCAAGAAUUAAUCCGAAAAACCAACGCGGAAGUUGAACCGUCGAUUCUCGACCCACGCGACGAAGGAACGUUAGACAACUGGGUCACACGAAACGCUACCAUGGUCCGUCUCACAGGGAAACACCCUUUCAAUUCAGAACCACCACUCCCACGUCUCAUGCACCACGGUUUCAUCACUCCAGUUCCAAUUCACUACGUACGUAACCACGGUGCUGUCCCAAAAGCUCGUUGGGAAGAUUGGACUGUUGAAGUAUCCGGUUUAGUUAAAAACCCAACCCGGUUCACCAUGGACCGGCUCGUUCGUGAGUUUCCAAGCCGGGAAUUACCCGUUACACUUGUUUGUGCUGGUAAUAGACGUAAAGAACAAAACAUGGUGAAACAAAGCGUUGGUUUUAACUGGGGUGCUGCUGCUGUUUCAAACUCCGUGUGGCGCGGGGUUUCCCUGCACCACGUGCUGAAACGGUGUGGGAUUUUAACAAGGUCUAAGGGUGCUGUACAUGUUUGUUUUUAUGGUGCUGAGGAUUUACCCGGCGGUGGUGGGUCGAAAUAUGGAACUAGUAUUAAGAGAGAAAUUGCGAUGGAUCCUUCUCGUGAUGUUAUUCUUGCUUACAUGCAGAAUGGCGAGGCUUUGGCUCCGGAUCAUGGGUUUCCGGUGAGGGUUAUUAUACCGGGUUUUAUCGGUGGAAGGAUGGUGAAAUGGCUUAAGAGGAUUGUUGUUACUACUGAUGAAUGUGAUGGUCAUUAUCAUUAUAAGGAUAAUAGAGUUCUUCCUUCUCAUGUUGAUGCAGAACAAGCUAACGAAGAAGGUUGGUGGUACAAGCCAGAAUAUAUAAUUAAUGAGUUGAACAUAAACUCCGUGAUUACGACGCCUUGUCACGAUGAGAUCUUGCCAAUUAACUCAUGGACUACGCAGAGGCCUUAUACGCUGAAAGGUUAUUCAUAUUCAGGGGGUGGUAGAAAAGUGACACGAGUCGAGGUAACAAUGGACGGUGGAGAAACAUGGCACGUGUGCACAUUGGACCAUCCAGAAAAACCAACAAAAUAUGGAAAAUAUUGGUGUUGGUGCUUUUGGUCUCUGGAAGUUGAGGUGCUGGACCUUCUUGGAACCAAGGAGAUUGCUGUAAGAGCAUGGGAUGAGGCACUCAACACCCAACCUGAAAAUCUCAUUUGGAAUGUUAUGGGCAUGAUGAAUAACUGUUGGUUCAGGGUAAAAACAAACGUGUGUAGGCCCCACAAAGGAGAAAUUGGCAUAGUGUUUGAACAUCCAACACAACCAGGUAACCAAUCAGGUGGUUGGAUGGCAAAGGAAAGACACUUAGAAAGAUCACAAGAAACCAAACCAAUUCUCAAGAAAAGUAUCUCUACUCCAUUCAUGAACACUUCUUCAAAAACAUACUCCCUUUCUGAAGUUAAAAAACACAAAACCCUUGAUUCUGCUUGGAUCAUCGUCCACGGCAAUGUCUACGACUGCACCCGCUUCCUUAAAGACCACCCCGGUGGCUCAGACAGUAUCUUGAUCAAUGCCGGCACUGAUUGUACCGAUGAAUUCGAAGCUAUCCACUCCGAUAAAGCGAAGAAAUUGCUCGAAGAUUAUAGAAUCGGAGAACUUGUUGCCACUGGCUACACCUCCGAUUCAUCGUCACCAAAUAACUCCAUGCAUGGAAAUUCUGAAUUUACUCAUCUUGCUCCUAUUAAGGAAAUCAUGGCUCUUAACCCACGUGAGAAAAUCCCAUGCAAGCUCAUUGCAAAAACCUCAAUUUCACAUGAUGUAAGACUCUUCCGAUUUGCAUUACCCUCUGAAGACCAAUUACUGGGACUACCCGUUGGUAAACACAUUUUCCUAUGUGUUACCGUCGAUGGAAAAUUGGUCAUGCGAGCUUAUACGCCAACAAGUAGCGUCGAUGAAAUUGGGUAUUUUGAAUUGGUUGUCAAAGUUUACUUCAAAAACGUGCACCCUAGGUUUCCUAAUGGUGGAAUCAUGUCUCAAUAUUUGGACUCCCUCACUAUUGGCUCGACAUUGGAAGUAAAAGGCCCCGUGGGACACAUUGAGUAUCUCGGUAGAGGAAAUUUUUCGGUCCAUGGGAAACAAAGAUUUGCAAAGAAACUAACAUUUUUAGCCGGUGGGACCGGAAUCACACCGGUUUAUCAAGUGGCGAACUCGAUUUUGAAGGAUGCCAAUGAUCAAACUGAAAUGUAUGUUGUUUAUGCAAACCGGACGGAGGAUGAUAUAUUGUUGAGGGAAGAGUUGGAUGAGUGGGCAAAGAUUUAUAGUGAUAGGUUCAAGAUUUGGUAUGUUGUGGAAAAUGCAAAAGAAGGGUGGGAAUAUAGUGUGGGAUUCAUCACGGAGAGUAUCAUGAGGGAGCAUGUUCCAUUGGCUGGUGAGGAUACUUUGGCAUUGGCUUGUGGGCCACCACCUAUGAUUCAAUUUGCUGUGCAACCUAAUUUGGAAAAAAUGGGGUAUGAUAUUAAGAAGGAUUUGCUUGUGUUCUAGGGCAAGUAAUAGAUAUUGUGUACGGUAUACGUAUAAUUGUAUUAUUAUAUGUGUAAGUGUAUAAGUUGUUAUUUGUUUGGUUACUUCAUUCUUUGUAAGGAAAAGAAGAAAAAAAAUUAAAAUAUGUAAGAGGCUUUACUCUUUCCUUCUGAUUAGGCUUUGAUGUAGUUAGGUAGUCAAGAUUUUUUGACUGCUUAGCUUAGUAAUGUAAAUACAAAUUAUAUAUAUGUGUCCAAUUUCCAUUUCCA